AUGGACGUGUGGGGCCCAGCCCGCGUCCAGGGACAGGGCCGCGAGCAAUACAUUCUGCUGGUUGUUGACAACAACACGCGUUACACCACGGUCGUCCCCUUGCACAGUACGGGGGAGGUCCCUGAUGUUUUGAUCCCUUGGAUCCGCGCUCGCCAUCUCCAGCUCCGUAAGCGGUUCCGCACGGACCAUCCUGUCAUGCGUUUGCACUCUAACAGAGGUGGUGUGUUCUCCUCCGACCUCUUGUGGGACUUCUGUCAUGGGAAGGGCAUCCUCCUGUCAUUCACGCUUCCGGCCUCCCCGCAGCAGAAUGGGGUAGCUGAGCGCCGCAUUGGCCUAGUCAUGGAGCCCCGUGUCUCCUUGCCGGAGACCUCGCCUACACUGCGUUGGACGGGGGAGGUUGGCGAUGCGUCGGUGUUCCGGGUCUGGGGUGCUCGUGCAUUUGUCCGCGAUACCUUUGUGGACAAGCUCUCCUCCCACGCCAUUCUCUGUGCCUUCCUUGGCUUUCCCCCUGACGCGCCUGGUUGGCAGUUUUACCACCCCACCUCGCGCCGUGUCUUGUCCUCUCAGGACGUCACGUUUGACGAGUCGGUUCCCUUUUACCAUCUCUUCCCCUACCGCACUGCCCCUCUCCCCCCCCUGCCACGCUUCCUCACUCCAGGUCCCCCUCCGGUAGACUCCCUUCCCCCUUUAGGGUCCUGCUCCUUCAGGGGACCGAGCCUGAGAGAGUGUGCGGAGCCUGGGGGUGCUGAGCCUGGGGGUACUGAGCCUGGGGGUGCGGAGCCUGGGGGUGUUGAGCCUGGGGGUGCUGAGCCUGCGGGUGCGGAGCCUGGAGGUGCUGAGUCCUGGGGUGCUGAGCCUAGGGGUACUGCUUCUACACUACGUGAGCCUCGCUCAUCACAGCAGCUGCGCGAGUGGUACACUCAGCACUGCCGCCUUCGGAGUGGCGCUGCUGGAGCUGGAGGCCCUGGAGCUGCUAGUCCUAGAGGUGCGAGAGGUACUACUAGAGGUGCUGGAGGUACUGGAGGAGCUAGAGUUGUUAAUCCUGGAGGUGCUCGUACUGGAGGUACUGGAGCUGCCGGAGCUGGUGGUGCUGCCAGUACUGGUGGUGCUGGCACUGCUAGUCCCGGAGGUGCUCGUACUGGAGGUACUAGAGGUGUAGCCUCUCUCCCCACAGCAGCUGCACGAGUGGUACACUCAGCGCUGCCGCCUUCGGAGUGGCGCUGCUGGAGCUGGAGGCACUGCGGCUGGAGACGCUGGAGCUGGAGGUACCAUGGAGCUAGAGCUGCUGGUCUCGAAGGUGCUAGUUUGGGAGGUACUGGAGCUGCCGGAGCUGGUGGUGCUGCUGGUGCUGGAGGUGCUGGUGGUGCUGGCACUGCUGGUCCCGGAGGUGCUCGUACUAGAGGUGCUGGAGCUGUCGGAGCUGGUGGCGCUGCGGGCUCUGGAGCUGGAAGCGCCGGCGCUGGAGGCGCUGGAGCUACUGGCGCUAGCACUGGAGCUACUGGAGCUGGAGGCGCUGGAGCUAGAGGCGCUGGAGCUGGAGGUUUUGGAGCUGCUGGAGGAGUUGGAGCUGCUGAUACUCAUACUAGAGGUGCUGGUGCUGGUGGUACUAGUGCUGCACAGCCGCGAUUGUUCUUCGCUUCGCAGUCACCGUCGUCUCUGCCACCGCCUGACUCGGUGCUUCGUCAGGUUCUUAGCCUCCCGUCUUCUACUGGCCUCCCGUUACAGCCAGGCUCCCCACUACCUGCUCCUUCUCCUUACACUGAGCAGGCAGACUCGAUUAGAGAGCGUCGUGAGCCUGCGUCUCGUCCUGCCUCGCCUGUUCGCGCUGGUCGCACUGGUAGCCGUGUUCCUCGUCCGCGUCCUCCUCCUGUCCCUGACAAUUUGUCCUUCCUCUGUUCCACAGCGUGUCCCCCUGCCGUCUCCUCCUGCGUCCUCUCUUCCGCACGUUAA